UCUGGACAUUCCCCCCCGUGAUGAAGGCAAACUUUUUGCCGGUAGUGGAUGCCUUGGGGAUCGUCGGGCGCUCCGCCAAUCAAUUGCGCCACUAAGCGACAGUGGCUGCUGGCCAGCGCCGAGUCGAGACCACUCACGAUGAAGGUGAGGUAAGGAAGACGGCCACUGCACACCACGCGCGGAGCGCCAUUUUUUUCCUGACCUCAUCGGCUGACCUCUCUAUUCUGCCGCUGCCUUCUUGUCUUGCUCAUCCUUGUUGUUCAUCACCAUCUGCCAAGUGUUUGCCGAGAGGACUGCGACGGUCGACACAAGGCUACGCUUGCCUGCUUCCUCCCAUCACACCUCACCGACCGCAUGCUCUGUAGAUGACACUACAAGAAUGAGCCGCAAGAGAAGGAGAAGUGGGUAACAAGCACGCAAACCAGCACGCAACUACCCGCCUACCCUCGCAUAUGGAGCUCGGAGGCCGCAAAUUGCUGCCACGUCUCCCCCCGACCCCCUCCGACCUCUCUCCCGUCCGACAUGACCAGCCUCACCUAGAAGUCGACGAGCAACCAUGGCUUUCACCCAUGGAAGAGCAGCCGGGCCAGAAGCGCAAAAGACAGCGCUGCGACGACAAUGACCUCCUCCAACCUGCCCCUCAGGCACUGCCUAGCGUCCGACAUCUAUUGACAGGCAGUCGACCGGCCACCCCCUCCCGACCCAACACCCCGAGCAACACUCCGCGCCUCGUGCGCACGAGCAAGAAUGUCUACGUCCACGAUGGCCCCUACCUCUUCCUCGCCCCGCAUCCGCAACGCGACUUCCCCGUCAGCGUAGCAGAGGAUACGCGGCCUUUGAGUUUCGCCGCCGUCGAGCCGGAGCUUAUGCAUGUCUUUCGUCGUGCUUGGUAUCUCCGGCAAUACAUCCGGCUCAAGCAGAUGCGCAGCGAGACCUGGCUCGAUCACAUCUUCUUCAACGACUGUUUCGGCGUGGAGAAUACGCUGCACACCUGGAUUGCUCGCUACGAGCCUGGCACGUUACAAUACCCCGCUAGUCUCCUAUACUUUCGUUGUCUCUGGCUGCUGUUCAAUCGGUCCGUCCAAGCCUCCCACCCCUCCCCGGCGUAUGCGCAGGUUGUCGACGAUGGGUUGCAUCACGCCAAGACCAUCGAAAAGGCUCUGGGCGCCUCCGGCGACCGAUCCAUCUUGCUCCUGCCUCUCUUCCUUCUAGGCGUCUCCGCCUUUUACGUCGAACAGAGACGCGACGUCUGGGAUGCUCUCGACCGCAUCGAUCCCUCGCCCAACAACGAUGCUGUCAAUCAUGCCGCCAAGACACUCGAGCGACUCUGGACUAUGAUGGACGAUGGCCGAGUCUCCUCCACCUGGGAUUGGGAGCGCUACCAGGCCCACGAGUACACCGCGUCGGCACGAGACCGCUCGCUGAUCGAUCUCCUGCUCGAUCCACUUGCCGCCGCUCCCGUGGCACAGCCCACUCAUCUCCGCUCUCCAGAAACGCACGCUUUCGACCAUUCACGCUUCCGCGCCGUCCAGCCUCCCGCCGCCCCUUAUCCACAAGCUGCCCUGCAAUCCGUGCUCCCUGUCGACUCCUCCCGACUCAGGCAAGAUGUCAACAUGUACACUCCGCCGCCGAAUUCCCGCUCCCCACACCGCAACCACUCGGUGACUUCUCUUGAGCUUCCUGACGCGCCCCGAAUGGAUAUCAUUCAAGAACUCGCGACAUCCCGGCAGCACGCAAGCACUCCUCGGCCUGCGCAACCCACCACGCGCACUUCCUCGCCUCCCUUGCAGCGCACAUCGUCGCCCCAUCAGCCUCAACCCGUCAACGGCACCGACGCCCUCCACCAGCGCAAACAACCCAAAUCCAAGUCUUCUGUACCCCCCUGUCCCACCUGCGGAAAAGAGCUCAAAAACCCCUCCGACGCCCAAAAACACCAACUCCAGCACUCCAAGCCCUUCCGCUGCCGCGAACCCGGCUGCACGCGCGCCCAAGGCUUCGCCACGGAAAACGACCUGCAACGCCACCGCAAAUCCGUGCACGGCGCCUCGCCGCGCAUCGGCAACAAAAUCGGGUACGUGUGUGCUGCUUGUCCGGAUCCCGGCGACGGCACGUCGCGCAAGUGGUGGCCGCGCUUGGACAACUUCAAGGCGCAUAUUCGUCGCAAGCACGUCGAUCGCGAGGAGGAGGGGUUGAUUCUCGCUUCGGCGAGUGCGGAGAAGCCCGGGGAUGGAGUAGGGUUGCAGCAGCAUGGGGGGUCUGCGGUGAGGUUCGAGGGGGAUGGUACGCAGCGCCAAGAAGGAGACGAUGAGGAGCUGGGCCGCGCUUCUUCUUCCUCUUCGUCGCAGCGUGUGGCGUAUGAUUAUGAUGACGAGGAGGAGGAUGUUUUGCUGCACCAGACUCGUCCGGCGGAGCGCGAGGCUGAGAUUGCGCAGAGCGCUUCUUCUGAUGGGGGAGGUGCUGAGCUGGACGCUCCUGCUUCUGCGGACCCGGCGGCUGCGGAUGGUGCUGAGGGGUCUGUGGAGGGGAAGGAGUAGGGAGAGACGGCGAGAUCGACUACUUUUCGGUAUUCUUGAUGCAUGAGGGCUUGGACGCGAUGGUCUGUGAUGGGGCGUGAACUUGGCGAUAUUGUGG